UGUUUCAAUUUGUCAUAUAUAGCGAGUCUAAUUACUGCAAUCAUUAUCUUUUUAAAAAGUCGGAUAACAUCAGUCUCCAUAUGCAUUGGUAAACAUGUCAACUAAAUAUUGAUGGAUACAUGCUUAACACAAACCGUCCCCUAGGCUAGUUGCCAAACAUACAAACUAAUAUUGACUUCAGUUUUAAUAUAAAAGCAUGAUAGACGCUCUCAAAUUAUAACACGGAAAAUGGCAGUUCGACAACUUAUUGUCGGCUUCUUAUUUGUGUCCAGUCUUCUUGCUGUUGCAUCUGAGCCGACGUACGAGGAUAAAGUUGACCAGACAAUAAGAGAGAUUAUGAACCAUUGUAAAACAUGGAUCCCUGGUUUAACCGUCAGUGUUGUAAAAGACGGUCAGACACUGUUUGCCAAAGGUUAUGGAGUAACCAGUGUAUCAGGCGGGAAACCAGUAACGAGCAAGACUCUCUUUCAAAUCGGUUCACUUUCAAAGGCUUUUGGUGCCACACUACUUGUCAAGCAGUUGGAUGACAAUCAAAACUACAACCUUAACACAAAAGUGAAAGAUUUAAUGGAUUCCGGUGUUAAUUUUGUUCCUGGGAAAGAGGAGGGAACUGUAGUUGACAUAUUGGCACAUAGGAUGGGCGUUCCAGAUUAUACAAAUUUACGACUAGACCCAUCAUUAACCAGAGAGAACUUGCAAGAUCGAUUCAAGCAUAUGAAUUCUGUGAAGAGUUUAGGAAAAUCUUUUGUGUACAGUAAUAUGAUGUAUGGCUUUGCUACCCAUCUGUCUGAGAAACUUGGAGGUCAUACUUGGGAGGAAUUAGUGGAAUCUGAAAUCUUCCAGUCCCUUGGAAUGACUGCAUCUACUUUUGUCACCACUGUCGCGGACGUAGAAAAUGUUGCACAGGGUUACGAUAAGGCUCCCAAAUCAAAAGGAUACCUUGUACCAGUGCCAUUAGCAUUUAGCAGGGAGUGGGGAUUAUGGGCGGGAUCUGGUGCUAUAAUGUCCAAUGCUGAAGAUAUGACGAAAUGGAUGAAAUUCCAUCUGAAUGGAGGCCUUGACAAACAUGGCAAUCCAUUAAUGAGCCAGUCGUCUUUUGAUGCAUUACAUGCAGAACAUAUCAGUUUAUCCUACACCACAGUCAAUAAAUAUUUCAAAAAUCAGAUACAGCCAACAGAGGAAACAGGAUACGGAUUAGGAUUUAAACUCGGAACAUAUAGAGGUAAAAAUAUUUUGUUACAUGGUGGCAGUACCUUCGGUUAUAGAUCUUUUAUGACCUUAUUUCCCGAUCAGAGAAUUGGUGUUUUCACCUCUAUGAAUGGGGAAGAUCAAGAUGAUAACACGUAUAAAUUCCGCGUCCUGCUUCACAAUUUCUUGUCAGAUGUUGCCCUGAAUGUCUCGCCUUGGUUAAAUGCUUCGUCAAUACAACAACAGCUUUCGAGACCUAGAUAUAUAGGAUAUAGCACUAAAACGAAGGCCAAAAGAAGUUUGACGGAUUACGUUGGUCAAUACAAUAGUCCAAUAUACGGAAAUGUUACCUUUGAGAUGAAAGAAAACAACAAACUAGGUCUAGUCUAUGGAAAUGGUACUUGGAAUUUAUGGCCAAAAUCCACUAAAGAUGAAUUUAAAGGCACUGCGACAAGAAUUAUUCAGUACCUGAUGAACAUUUGGGAGAUAGUGUUCAUUCCUGGUGCAAGUGAUGAUUCCAUUGUAUCUGUUGAAAUCAACAGUUUCUGUAACAGAUGUGAUGAGACCAAGCCACCAACCUUCUCCAAAAUUAAUCAAUAAUCUCAUAACAUAUAUUAGAUCAAGUUUUCUUUUCUAUUUCUUUGCUGGCAUAUAUUAGUAUAAAUAUCUAAAGCUUCAGCAGCUUUAGGACAUACGAUACAAUCUUGAUCCCACGGGGUGUUUUUUUUCUUCUUUCGAAAAAUUGCAUACCUGAUUGUAUCUUGUCUAUUGUAAUAUGUGAUUUUAAAAAAAUGCUAUGAUCAUGUGCUAUUAUAAGUGAUAAAUGGGGUCUAAAUUUUAGAUAUUUACUCAAAAUUUCGUGGUUUUUUUUUCAUUUUUGUAACCUUUGAAUAAACAUAUCUAACUUUUUUGGUUUCAAAAGAUAAACACAAGCGAAUUUUUGUAAAACGUUUGGAAUAUCUUCUCAAGAUAAGUAUGCACUAAAUUUGUGAUAUCAUUCUUUUAUUUUACAUGUUCCGAUAAUUUUUGAAAAUAAAUCGGGAAUUUUUGCUGUAUAUUUACAAAAAUAUCCAUCAUUUAAAAAAAAAAAAAAGAGGGCUCAAUGUACUCGUUUUUGAGCUAAAUAUUAAAAUCAGUCGGGAAAUGCCUCUUCUCCCGAUAUGUCACAGUUCAACGUCGAAAAAAAUACAUUAACGUUAGCGACGUUAUCAUCUCAGUUGUAACUGUAUCGUAUGCCCCUAUCAGAAUAUUUAAUCAAGAAAUUUAUAUAUUACUUUGAUUUACUUUAAAAGUUUUGUGUUUUAAUCUCGAAUUAUUGAUGCUUAUUCCAUGUCAAAUUUUUAUACUCUUUAUAGCAAUUAUAAAUAUGAAUUAAAUAUUCUUCUUUGUAUUGUUGUACAAUAAAUUAUAUGUAAUUCA